AUGGCGAUGAGGAGGGCCGCCGGCCUGGCGGCGGCGCAAGUGGCGCGGUCGCUGAAGAAUGGGGCGCUGAAUGGCGCCGCCCUGCACGCCCCGGCCGGCUGUUCGGGUCCCGCGCUGGGCGAGGCGGCGCCCACGGCGCUGUACGGCAUCCGCCUCGCCGCCUCGGCGAUGUCGCGCGGCUUCGCUGCGGAGCCGGCCGUGGCCGCUUCGGAGGCGACCGGUCGCGUCACGCAGGUGAUUGGCGCCGUCGUGGACGUCCAGUUCGAGGGUGAGCUGCCUCCCAUCCUGAGCGCGCUGGAGGUCGAGGACUCGGAGCAUCGGCUGGUGCUGGAGGUGGCCCAGCAUCUUGGGGAAAACACCGUGCGGACCAUUGCCAUGGAUAGCACGGAUGGGCUCAUCCGAGGCCAGGGCGUCUUUAACACCGGUUCGCCCAUCAACAUUCCUGUCGGGAGGGAAACUCUGGGCCGCAUUAUGAACGUGGUGGGAGACCCAGUGGACGAGGCGGGUCCUGUAGUGAGCAAGAGCCAGCUCCCAAUCCAUCGCGAUGCACCAUCAUUUGUGGAGCAGGGCACCCAUGUUGAGCCACUUGUGACAGGGAUCAAGGUUGUGGAUUUGCUGGCCCCUUACCAGAAGGGUGGCAAGAUCGGGCUGUUUGGAGGGGCUGGCGUGGGGAAGACAGUGCUUAUCAUGGAGCUCAUCAACAAUGUUGCAAAGGCACAUGGUGGCUUCUCUGUGUUUGCUGGUGUUGGAGAACGGACACGAGAAGGCAACGAUCUGUUCAAGGAGAUGGUUGAAUCUGGAGUGAUCAAAUUGGGUGAUCAGCGUGCUGAGAGCAAGUGCACGUUGGUCUAUGGUCAGAUGAACGAGCCUCCGGGUGCCCGUGCCCGGGUUGCCCUCACAGGGCUCACUGUUGCUGAGCAUUUUAGGGAUUCAGAGGGGCAGGAUGUGUUGUUCUUUGUUGACAAUAUCUUCCGUUUCACGCAGGCCAACUCUGAGGUGUCAGCUUUGUUGGGCCGUAUUCCCUCUGCUGUUGGCUACCAGCCCACCUUGGCUACGGACUUGGGUAACCUCCAGGAGAGGAUCACCACGACCAAGAAGGGCUCCAUCACAUCGGUGCAGGCUGUGUACGUGCCUGCUGAUGAUUUGACUGAUCCUGCCCCUGCCACCACAUUUGCACACCUGGAUGCCACCACUGUGUUGGCCCGGCAGAUUGCAGAACUUGGCAUUUACCCAGCUGUCGACCCCUUGGACUCCACAUCUCGAUUGCUGGACCCAAGAAUCAUUGGCCAGGAGCACUACGAUGUGGCCCGUGGUGUGCAGAAAGUGCUUCAGGACUACAAGAACUUGCAGGAUAUCAUCGCCAUCCUGGGGAUGGACGAGUUGUCUGAGGAUGACAAGAUGACCGUUGCGCGGGCGCGGACAAAGAUCAGCCAUUCGCCGUUGCUGAGUUCGCACAAAAGGCUGAAGAGACGAUGGGUUCAAGGGCGUAUGGCAAGACGAUGA